UCUUUCUCUCUCUUCGUUUUUAAUAUGGGGAGUGGUUAUUUUGGGGAGAUGAAUAUGGGGAACAUUGAUAAGAGGAGGAGUGGGUCGCCGGCGGCUGCGGCGGCGGGGAGGAGAGGGAGGAAAGGAGGCGGCGGUGAGAAACCGAAGCAACCGCAAAGAGGGUUGGGAGUAGCUCAGUUGGAGAAGAUCAGAUUGCAUGGCGAAAUGGGUUGUGCUGGUUAUGGCCACUUCUAUCCAAAUCUCUCCGCCGGAAUGGGAGAAUAUGAAAGAGGAAGCUUUAGGUAUGGGGAUUCUCAGCCAACAACAACUUCUAUAAGAUGGAACAUGAGUAAUACAACCCUGGAGACCCAACAUUUUGGGGAACCAAAUAUGACUGGACACCUUUCCAAUCCUCGAGUACUGGAUUCAAUGCACAAGAACAUGAAUACAAAAUACGGGAGUGAUUCAAUUGGUUCAAGCAGUCAGAAUUCUGAAUCAAGUGAGACUCACGAGCUUGAUUUAGAGCUGAGAUUGUCGAUCUAAAUUGGUUUCUAUCAAUCAGUAUCCUGUAAUUUUACCUAUUUUAUGAACCAUGCCCUUCAUCUUUCAAUAAUUGCUUCAAACACCCUCUUUUAGUUGUACAUUUGCAAAUCAUAAAAGGGUAUGGCUUGUUUGAGAUUUAUGAGACUAUAUGCUGUGAAA